AUGCAGUGCCAACAUGUAGUAGCUCUACACGUAGUGCUGCUGGCUGUGACGACUCAAUGCGCCUCACGCUCCGUCCCGGUGUACGACACGAAGGGAUUUCUCGCAGACCGCCUGACUCAGGAGGAUCGCGCUCGCCUCCACGACUGCCCGUGCAGUGACAAGCUCAUUAAAUCCACCUCAUUGUGUCUACCCGUCGAUUUUACUGGCAAGAAAACACGAAAGGAAGUUUUCGCCUUCUCUGUGGCGACGGACGACCGAUGGAAACACUACGAUUGGGACCAGCUCACGACAGUGGCCUGGAACGAGGACAAGGAGCUACUUUGUCAUGCCCAUAGCAAAGGUGUGAGGGUCGUGGUAAAGCACAACUUUGACGACGUAAAUCAACUCUGCAAUGUCAGCGCGCGUCAGGAAUGGAUCAAGACUACGUACAACAGAAUUGUGAAGAACUACGCGGACGGCGUCAAUAUCGACACGGAGAAACCCAUGCAUGGGACCAAAUCCCAGUGCCUCGCUUCGCUCGUGCGCGAGCUGCGCCAUGGGCUAGAUCAGCACGCGCUGACUCAGAACGCACAGAUAACGUUUGACAUUCCGUGGGCUCCUCGUGGAGUGGAUGGUCGUUACUAUCCAUGGCGGGAACUUGCCGCUGCCGCGGACUUUCUGAUUGUCAUGUCAUAUGAUAUGCGCAGUCAAGUGUAUGAUGCGUGCGUUGCAGGUGCCAAUUCUCCAUUGGCACUGGUGAAACAAGGGCUACAGGAAUUCCUGUUCGCGUACGACAUAAUGCCAAGUAAGCUGGUGCUCGGUGUGCCAUGGUACGGCUAUCACUACCCUUGCCUACAAGGGCAGCAAGUAGGCCCAGCAAUUGUCGACACAUCACGGUGCCAGAUCCGACCGGUGCCGUUCUUUGGUGCCCCCUGCAGUGACGCGGCUGGUGGACAAAUCGACUACGGUGACAUCCGACGACUGGUAAAAGGCCACAGUCUCGUCGAGCAAUGGGACCCGACAACACUGACCCCGUUCGUGUGGUUCUCGCCACCGGAGGGCGGAAGAUCCCAGAUUUGGUUCGACAACCCACGUAGUCUUAGAGCUAAGUACGCACUUGUUCGCAAACUUCAACUGCGUGGUGUAGGCAUGUGGAAUGCAGACACAUUGGACUACGCUGCGGUUAACGACUCGCACAUCAUGUGGAGGUCGCUGGCUAAAGCGUUCGACCCUUGA